AUGGAUAUUCUCGAAUUGAUCCACGUCGAAACACAAAACAACCCCGCCAAGCAGCACCGUUGCACUGUCGCCAACUGCAACAAGGCGUUCGGUCGUCGUUCGGACCUUGCCCGCCAUCUCCGAAUUCACACGAAUGAAAGACCAUAUGCGUGUGACGAGAAUGGAUGUGGGAAGAGCUUUAUCCAGCGCUCUGCACUCAAAGUGCACAUGCGAACCCACUCAGGCGAACGACCGCAUGUAUGCGAAUAUGCGGAUUGCGGAAAAAGCUUUAGCGACAGCAGCUCGCUUGCACGUCAUCGCCGAAUUCACACUGGCCGACGACCGUACAAAUGUCGACACGAAGGUUGCAACAAGAGCUUUGCUCGCAAGACGGUCUUGACAAAGCAUCAAAAGAUGGCACAUGGCACUACAGUCAAACGCACAACGUUGCAAUGGAAGCCGUUUGAGGUGCCAUCAUCACCUACUUGGAGUAAUCGACGUGGUAGCAGCAGUAGCAGCAGCAGCAGCAGCAAUAGUAGCGUAGUGAGUGAUGUUGCGUCUUCGUCUGCAACAUCGCCUGUUCCGUCGCUUGCUUCGCCCACGCAGUCGGAAUGGCGUUCCUUGCCUCCGCUCAUGACUCCACCACCUACUUUGAUCCAAUUGCCCCCAUUGCUCCCAACGACAACUACUUGUCAACCACAGCAGCAACAACAACAGCAACAGCACUAUCAGCACUACCCGUAUCAUCCCUACUAUCAUCAUCAUCAUCAUCCAUCUGCAUUCGUUGCAGCACCUAUUUCUCCACAAACACCUACUUCGACAACCACUAGUCCUUCUUCUUAUUCGUGUACGCGCCGAACUUCCUCCUUCUUUGAUAUCAUUUCUUAA